AUGUCUCCGAUCAUCCAGGACUCCGAGGAUGAAGGCGACAACGAAGACUUCACAUUAGGAGCCGAAAACGACCAGCCCGAUGAGACCAAUGCACGGCAAGAGAAGAGCAGUCUGUCAACAGGCAGCUUGAACAGACAGAUCGCUGAUGCAGGCCGCGGACUCUUCGACUCGGCCUCAGAUCACCUCUCCGCGACUCACCACAACAUGAAGUCAUCCACAACUCCCGCCGCGAAGAAGGCAGAUCGCCGGUAUACGACUGUGCCCGCUGUGGAGCCUGUGCCUGGUCCUCGGAGCUCUGCAAAGCGAGCAAAGUCCACCUUGGAUUCAUACGCAUCGAGAAGCCAGCAGCAAGCUCGGUCACAAGAUCAAUUGGCCGCUUUUCGAGACGACUUUCUGCCGGAUCACUCACAACUCCCAAUGUUCGCGGAGCACUCCGCUGGUGCUCAUCGUUCCAGCGCACUACCGACUGGGACUAUGUUCCAACACUUUGCAGAGCACGAACCGACAGUCAUGUUCAGGGACAGUGGGAGCACAGUGGCUUACAAUGAAUCUUCACAGCAGAGACUGGUCGAGCAAGCACUUAAUCAGGAGAAUGUGCCGCCGCCAAUCACCGAGAUAAGACUGCCGGAUCUGGACAAGCCGGACAGCUCGCCUUUUCCUUGGUCCAAUGCAGCAGAAUCACAGACCCCAAAGCGUGGCGGUGACGGAAGCCAGCAGCAGGAACUGAACGGAAAUGAAAAGCUGAAGCAUGGCGAAGGUGCCGAGCUUCCUGCUGUCUCGCAGCAAACUUCACUUCGUGAGGUGCCCGAGAACGCGGACGAGAGUCUUCAGGCGGCCACAGUCGAAGGAUCCGGUGAAGUGGCUUCGAAGGCCGUCCCCGACAGUGCUGCUGAGAAAGAGCGUCAGCCAGCAUCAUCAAGUCCCAUUGUCUCGGUCCCGCGUGUGCGAAAGAAGUCUGUCCCUGCGGACGAAGCCGGCACACAGAAAAGCGCCAUAGACAAGAAGCGAAAGGCCCAAGCAGAGAGCUCAGAGCCAUUGAAUUCAGAAGACCUUGCCAUUGGUCUGCCAAAGGAGCGUUACCAGCCAAGACCAAGUCGCAGGAGGUCUACGGCGGUGGUCGAAAGGCCAGUCGACUAUUCGGUGGUUCCUGAGAAAGCAGCAAAGAAGCGAAGGAAGACGACAAACGCCAACGCUACUACAACUCAGACUGAACCUCCACAGAAUGCUUCUCAUCUGGCUCAAGAUACCGCUUCUGUACAGUCAAGGACUGAGCCUCAACCUGAGACAUCAAAGACGACCCAGACUAAGGUUGCCGCUCCGAAAGACAAGCUCGAAGUCAUACCAUCGAUCGAAAAGCAGCAACCUGCUCCGGCAGCGAAGCAGAUCGACCGCGGACAGGCGAGGGAGACUUUGAAAGACCUGGGCUUCAUGCUGCGAUCCACCGACUCAGAAUCCACACCCGUCAAGCCACCAGCUACCAAAGCUGCCACGCCAGCAUCUGCCAAAAGAGCCGCUGAUGCUGCUGCUUUCGCUAUGCCACCUCCUUCCUCACAAGCUUCCAGGAAGUCUCGAAGAAGUCAUACCACGAUCUUCGAGGACCACGUUGACCUGAGCAGAGUGCAAAAGUCACCAAGCUUGAGUCAACAGCAAGCGAAGAGGCAGGCGACCUUGGAGCCGGUGAGCCGUGUAGCGUCGCAGUCUACUCGCAAGAAGCAACAGACUGUCGUGCACGAUGAGGAUGACGAUGAAGACGAAUUAUCAAGGGAUCCCAUCUCCAAAGAGCCUGCGGCAACGAAGAAGCCUGGUCGACCGGGGAAGAGCAAGCCUGAGAAAGUAUCAAAGUCUGCGGAAAAGGUGCUGGAUGAGUCCGAAGUCGAUAGCGACGACGAUGAUAUUGUGCAGCCGCAGAAGCGAGGCCGACCGGCCAAAUCGAAAGACGAUGGCAAGGCGAAAUCGACUGAGAAGAUUGUCGACGAGUCCGAGGUCGAUAGCAACGACGAGGAUAUCGUGCCACCAAAGAGACGAGGUCGACCUGCCAAGGGUACUGAUCAGAGCAAGGCAAAGUCUGCGGAGAAGGUGCUCGACGAGUCGGAGUCUGACGAGAAUGAGGAGGACAUAGUGCAGCCCAAGAAGCGAGGCCGACCUGCUACCAAGGCCAAGGACCAGAGCAAGGCAAAGUCGGCCGAGAAAGUGCUUGAGGAUUCGGAGGCGGAGCCCGAAGAGGACGACAUUGUUGUGCCACCAAAGAAGACCAUCGUCGCGACCAAGACUCAAUCGAAAGUUGCACCAAAGUCAGCAGAGAAAGUGCUUGACGACUCCGAAGCUGAAGUGGAUGAUGAGGAAGAACAGGACGAUGAACCACCGAGAAAGAAGGCUCGUGGCCGCCCAGCCAAGUCGAGUGCUCCUGAGAAGCCGAAAGCUGACAUCUCGAGCAACAAGGAGAAUCAGCCCGGGAGCGAGAAGACCAACCCGAAGUCGGUGGAUGCCACGAAGGAAGCGAUACCGGCAAAGUCCUCGACUUCCACGACCGCGGACAAACCUCUUCCAAAGCCGAAUCCCAACUCUCACUCCCCGAUCAAGCCGACUUCAAAGGUCAUCCAUCGCGUCGGCUUGAACAGGAUGCAGCGUGUGCAGCCGCUGCUAAAGAUCGUGAGACCUCCUGCGCCUGCUCGACAGCGUUGA